AUGGCCCUGGGACUCAGAGCUUCUCCACCAGCUGUGCUUCUGCACCUGUCCCUGUUGGGUCUGGCUGGCGCUGCUGGGAAGCUUCUGGUGGUGCCGAUGGAUGGGAGCCACUGGCUCAGCAUCCGGGAGGUGCUGAACAUGCUCCAGCAGAAGGGACAUGAGGUGGUCGUGGUGGCACCUGAAGUGAGUUUGCACAUCAAACCAUCCAAGAACUUUGUGAUGAAAAUGUACUCAGUCCCCUUCACACAGGAAGAGUUGGAGAAAGCAUUCAAGGCAUUUUUUCGUGGUUCAUUUGAAGAAGGUUGGAUUUUACAGAGAUUAUUGAAAGUGUACGAGGGUAUGAAAACCCUCACUGACUGUUGGAUCACCAGCUGUGAGCAGCUUCUGCAAAACAAGGAACUCAUCAGGUAUCUUGAGGAGAGCAAGUUUGAUGCAAUUCUUACAGACCCGGUAGCAGCUUGUGGGUUGAUCCUGGCUGAACAUCUUUCCCUUCCUUCUAUCUAUUUCUUACGAGGAGCCCCAUGUGGGUUAGACCUAGAUGCCAGGCUGUGUCCCAGUCCUCCUUCCUACAUCCCCAGGUCAUUUUCAGACCUUACAGACCGCAUGACUUUUCUCCAGCGAGUGAAGAAUCUGCUCUUUGACAUCCCAAACGUUUUCCUCUGUGAUUUUGCCUUUGAACCCUACUCAAAACUGGCUUCAGAGUUCCUGCAGCGGGAGGUGACCAUGCUGGAUCUCUUACGCAAGGGCUCUGUUUGGCUCCUGAGGAUGGAUUUUGUGCUAGAGUAUCCAAGGCCUUUGAUGCCCAACAUCAUUCCAAUUGGAGGAGUAAACUGUGCUCACAAGGAGCUGCCUCAGGCAGCUGUUUCUUCUGGCUUUUAA